UCCCGCUGCCGCAGCCAUGAACUGCCUGACCGUGCCCGGCGUGCACCCCGGCUCCCCCAGCCGGCCCCGCGGGCAGAUACAGGUGAUCUUCGGACCCAUGUUCUCCGGGAAGAGCACUGAGCUCAUGCGGCGGGUGCGGCGGUUCCAGCUGGCCCAGUACCGCUGCCUGCUGGUGAAGUACGCCAAGGACACGCGUUACUGCGCCUCUGGCGUCUGCACACACGACAGGAACACCAUGGAGGCCCUGCCAGCCGCCCUCCUCAAGGACGUGUACCAGGAGGCACUGGGCUCUGCAGUAAUUGGCAUCGAUGAGGGACAGUUUUUCCCAGACAUCGUGGAGUUCUGUGAGAUGAUGGCCAAUGCUGGGAAAACUGUGAUUGUUGCUGCUCUUGAUGGAACUUUUCAGAGAAAGGCUUUUGGCAGUAUCCUGAACCUGGUGCCGCUGGCAGAGAGCGUGGUGAAGCUGAACGCUGUGUGCAUGGAGUGCUACCGCGACGCCUCCUACACCAAGAGGCUGGGAGCAGAGAGGGAGGUUGAAGUGAUUGGAGGAGCAGACAAGUACCACUCUGUCUGCCGAGCCUGCUACUUCUGCAGGCGGCCUCAGCAGCCUGGGUCAGAAAACAAGGAGAACAUGCCCAUGGGGGUGAAGCAGCUGGAUGGAGCUGCCUCCCGUAAGAUCUUUGCUUCUUGACUUCUGGGAUCCUGUGUGGGGAAGAAUGAUAGGAAGGAUGUGGAAUGCUGCAGCUCCCAGGCUUACCCUGCUUCUAGCAAAACUCUUCUGUGUCUCAGCUCCACCUCCCAAGCUGAGCCCUGUUCCUCUGUACUGAGGGGGAUUAGUGGGAGCUGAACUGGGAGCUUGACUAACAGCAAGUUCCUUCCUUGCACCAUGGAAAAGAGACAGCUAUAGCAACUGACACUGCCACACAAACAAGUCCUGGAGAACUGUUACAGCCAGCCAGGCCAUAGUGUUCCCCUUGCUGCCAUAGCUCUGCUCCUGCCCCCUUGCCUGUGCUCACACCAGCACUGGCAGCUGGGUCACUUGCCUGGGAACACAACCCCUUCUUUAUCUGUUUUAUCUGUUGCUAAAUUUCAGGUUUAAGACAAUGCACAGUAACUUAGCAUUUUAAACCCAGUUCCUUUUUUAAUGUAGUCCAAGGAGAUAACCUGUCCCUUGUCCAACUUUUCAGCUGACACGUGCAGCAGCAGCCUAGUCCUCAGAAAACCCAUUGGAUGAUUGUGCAUGGCCCAUUUGUUUGCUGUGACUGCCUUGUAAAUUUUUUGUUGAAACAGAAAAGGGGGAAAGGAAGGCUCCUUUUGAGUCACUGCCCCAAAACCAGAGUGGCUUUGCUUAGGUCCAAGCUUGGUGCUUAGUCACCUGAGAAUUCAGAGGCUCAGGAGUUGAUCUGCAAAGGUUGCUCUUUCUGUGGAAGGUCUCUGCUUGAGUGGAGGGUUGUGCACUCUAGUUGGGUAUCUUGCUCCCUCCUGAGCCUUCCAAAAAUCCUUGAGGCUGAGUGUUUCUCUGCGGUAAGUGACUCAAGGAGCCUUUUCCCACAUAACUUGACUUGGCUUUUUUAAGUUUGGGGUUUUUUUUCCUUACUCUUUGCCGAAGUGCCUUUCCCUAUAAGCUAGCAUCCACCUUUCUAGGCAGCAGCUUUUGACUCUGAAUAGGUCACAUCUCCAUGUGCUGAGAUGGCGCUCUGCCCACACUGGGAAGGAGAAGGCACCUUCUGAGAGGGUCACAGGAACUGCCUGGACAGCCCUGCUCCAAGGGAUGACAGCUGUAUUCAUGAGCAUUUGAUUGCUGGGCUUUCCCCUUGGAGACAGGGAAGGCAGUGCUGCUUCUGAUGUAGGUUAAUAAAUAACUUCAUGAAAU